AGUCACAAAGAUAUUGGGUUGGGUCAUAUUGCCAAGGCUAAUUCUGGGACUAAUGUCGGAAAUGGAAAAUGAACAACAUUUUGAUGUCAUCAAAGGGUUACACGUCAAACACUUGAAUGAUGUACUGGAAAAAAUUUUCAAGUACUUGGAUGCUGAAAGCCUACUAAAUGCAGAACUCACUUGUAAAGCUUGGAAAGCAGCAGCUUCUGUUGUGAAUCAAAAGAAACUGUGGAAGUUGUUGCUUAAAAAAAAGAUGUCAAAUUCACCGCUGUGGGAGAGAAUUAACUAUUGCCUAAAAUCAAAAUUCCUACAAACAUCCAGUGAUAGUUUUUCAUCCCGGAAUAUCUUCAACAAAUUUGAUUAUACUGCUAAGGCUCUACAAAAUAACUGGCUGAAAAAUGACUUGACCAGGGACUAUGUUGAUUGUGAUGUUGGAUUGCGGAGGUGUGUCUUCCAGAUGCGCAACAAAUUCAUUUCUUUGUGGGAACCCACCAGUGGUAUAUUUAAAAUUUGGAACAGAGUUACAUUGAAAGUGGAAGAGGUUUAUCAGGGACCUCCACUUCAAUUUGAUUUAGAUUUUGAAUUGUAUGAACAUGCACUGAUGUAUUCAUUGAAUGGACAUAUUUACAUAAGAAAUCUCACCACCAAAACGACAAAAAUUCAUAAACCUUUUGGAUCGGAUAAUGGGAAAUCGAUAAGCUAUUUUCGCAUCGAAAACGGAUUUCUCUGUGCUACUGUUGGCCAAAAGAAUCGCUUAAACUUCCGUAGCGAUGUUGUUGUCUGGAAAAUGAAAUCUCCAACUGAAAUUGAAUGGGAGAAUCCCAAGACAGUUCCAUCCGUGAGAAUGGACAACACAAGAAUCUCAGUGGAUAGCAACUUCAUUAUUGCUGCUCAUCAUGGAACGUCUGACACUAUUUGUGACGUAUAUCUCAUGUCAAAACCUCAGGGAAAACCAAAAUUCAUAAAACUUCCGGUGGGACGUCCUGAACUUUUAUUUCAAGAUGGAAUUCUUCUCAUGGUCACGAAUGAAGGCGAAAUCAAAAUCGUAGAUGUGGCGACGAGUAACUCGAGAAUUAUUGCCAAUAUUGGGGUGGAUUUUUCGGGACGCAGUAAUUUCUUGAGGUGUAUAUGGAACCACCACUGGUACUUCACGCUGACGCAUUUGGAGUACUGACAGUGAACCGAGAAAUUGGACCUGUGAAUUCGCGCGAUAUCAUAUGGGCACUCAAUUUUCUACCAAUCUGCAAUUUUUGCAAGCAGGUUAAGAAACGUUUGCUUAAAUGUGCUUCGUGUAUGUUUGCCAAAUAUUGUAGUUCCGUUUGUCAGAAAGCUGACUGGAAUCAUCACAGGUAUUUGUGCCGAAAAACAGAGAAAAAUGUUCCCUUUACUUUGGCCUAAACUAUGGGUUUGCCAUUUGGUUAAUGAAAGGAGUGGAGAGGUUUUCAUGAUUUGUGGAUUUU